AUGUCGUGGAAGAAGACGGAGAGACUGAUGGACACCAUCAGGCACUAUGCCAGCUUCCCCGCCACGGGUGUAAGCUUAAGGCAGAUGGUUCAAUUCGGCGAGAGGCCGUCAAUAGGAACUCUGUUUCGGGCGUCACAGUUCCUCGCCGAGGAGCUGCCAAUUCGAUUGGCACACCGUGUGCAGGAGUUAGACGAGCUUCCAGAUGGUCUCAAUGAGAUGCCAUCCGUCAAGAAAGUACAGGACUGGUAUGCGCAGUCGUUCGAGGAAAUCACAACCCUACCCAGACCACAAUUAGAAAGAGACGUACGAGACCGAUUGAUGAAACCCGCGAAGGCGUUUGGGAAGAACAUUCACAUCUCAGAAGCCACACGAAACCCAAGCAUCGAGGAGGGGCAGUAUGCGUCAUGGCCGGCCAUACAACAGAAUGGGAGCGGUAACGGCUUGACAAAGAAGUACCACGCCGCAAGGAGAUACUUCGCAAUGGUGGACGAUACGGGAGAUUGGCCCCCCGAGCUUCAUCUUUACAAUCAGAGAUUUUCACAGACGCUGCACAAGAUCAAGAGGAGACACGAUGGCGUUGUCACAACCAUGGCGCAGGGUAUCCUAGAGUACAAGCGCAAGCGGCAACGGAUGCAGAUUGACAACAAUAUUCAAUCGUUCCUGGACCGGUUUUACAUGUCGCGAAUAGGAAUCCGCAUGCUCAUCGGCCAGCACAUCGCCCUCACGGAUCAAAGCCACUUCCGCGACCCAACCUACGUCGGAAUAAUAUGUACCAAGACCAAUGUCCGAGAUCUUGCGCAAGAGGCCAUCGAGAAUGCGCGGUUCGUCUGCGAGGAUCACUACGGCUUGUUCGAGGCGCCCAAGAUCCAGCUCGUGUGCAACCCAAACUUGAACUUCAUGUACGUUCCAGGGCAUCUGUCGCACAUGCUUUUCGAGACAUUGAAGAACUCGCUUCGCGCCGUCGUGGAAACGCACGGACAAGACAAGCAAGAAUUCCCCGUCACAAAAGUGAUUGUUGCCGAGGGCAAGGAGGACAUCACGAUCAAGAUUUCGGACGAAGGCGGCGGCAUCCCGCGGAGCGCGAUACCCCUAGUCUGGACUUACAUGUACACUACGGUGGACAGGACGCCGAACCUAGACCCCGAUUUUGAUAAGAGCGAUUUCAAGGCCCCCAUGGCCGGUUUUGGAUACGGGCUGCCUAUAUCACGGCUGUACGCGCGGUAUUUUGGAGGCGACCUGAAGCUGAUUAGCAUGGAAGGAAAUAUGGUGAAGCGCCUGAAAAGCCUUGAGGUCUCGGAGCGAAAGCAGGUCGGCGACGCGGCGAGCUUGAUCAACAAAGCAACUGGCAGGUACAGGGACUGGGAUGAGGAACUGUGA